AUGGUGAAAGUGCCUGCUGCUGCUCUAGACGCAAUAUUGAAGACAAAGAUGAUUUCAAGUUUCGUUAUGUUGAUGGUAGACGAUACCAUAAUGUUUCUAAUUCACAGUAUAUGGGAUCCGAAUGAUAGUGAAGAGGUUGAUGUUUAA